AGAGAGGAGGCAACAUCUUCGGUCUGGCAGGGUCAUCAAAGCAGUUCAGCUGAUAAGGAACAACUUUAUAGUCUUAGGUACAUUUCCACUUCCAAGCCUCAGAAGAUGUCUCAGGAAGUUGACUGGUUACACAGCCAAGCAGGUGUGUGUAAGGUCGAUCUCUAUAAUCCUGGAGGAGGAAAGGAUCAGGAACGCAAAGUGAUUUGUUUUGUCGAUGUUUCCAGCCUGAACAUUAAGCAAACAGAUGAUACGGAUAAAGAUGCUGCUGGCCAGUCUAAAAGCAGUGAAUCUGCCACAGGACUUGAUCUGGGGAAAAUGCAGGACAAAGAGGUCAUAGUAAUCAAGGACAGUGACACACCAGAACAGUCUAAGACAGAAGGAGCAGUUUGUCUGUUCAAACAAGGUUCAACCGAAGAGCUUAAUGUUGUGUCCUGGCUUUUUGAUGACCUGCAAAAAUAUGCAUGUGGAUUUCAGCAUGCACUGUCCCCUUCAACUGCCCCUCCUGCACAAAAGCCAUCAGCAGCGGACAAGAUGUCCCAGAAUAACAACAAUACAGCUUUCAAACCUUCGGAAGGUCAAAAAACACCAUCAGAUGAAGUAGCAUGCACUGUCCAAAAGCUGUGUGCUUUGGUUAUGCAAAUGGCAAGUAAAGAGAUCUCUGAAAAUUUGGAAGACGCCGCCAGCAAAUGUAUACGCCAGGCAAUUUAUGCUAGUAAAGAUGGGAAAGCUCUUAAUCCCUCUGGUUCGGUAAGUAAGGUUGCAUCCAAGAUGGUGAAUGAUGUUAUGGAAAAUGCUCAGGAUGCCAAUAAAGAUAAGAAAGAGGAGGGUAAAGGACUCCCCAAGAAAACAUCACUUUUUUAUGGUGAGUUAUGUUCCAACCAAAGCGAAUCAUGCCCAGAGGAAGAAGGAAGACCAACACAUGCCCACUUGAUACAUCCAAGAAAACAGAUGUCUUGCAAUGAUGGUACUAGUUCUUUCAACAAAGGGCUAAUGGUAUAUGCAAACAAAAAUGCUAAGGAUAUGACAUUUUCAUUUGUGAAUGCCACCAAGAUACACAAAAGGCCACCACUCCCAGCCUGUGUGAUUCUGAAGAGAGUGUUUCUCAAACACACAAAGGAUGUCAUAUCGGACUUAAUUGACUCUACCAUGAAAAAUCUGCAUAAUGUCACUGGAGUCCUCAUGACAGACUCCGAUUUUGUUACUAUGGUGAAGAAAAACCUCUUCAAUGCGGGAACCCAGAAGUCAACUGAGAUUUUAGAAGCAAUGGUAUUAAGAAUGUAUAACGCUUUGAUGUCGGAUACUAAGGACAGAGGGCAUAGUCUUGUAUACUCUUUAUUGAAAACAGGAUGUUCGUUAGACCCCAAUUCUCCAAAUAUGCACUUUGCAUCUUUGAAGGGUGGGGUCCAUAUGAGGGAAAAGGUAAGGCAAGAUGGACAGUCAUCAGCACAAAAAGUAGGUGAAACAAUAAUUAAGGAUGGAAUUAGCAUGUUGAGAUCAAGAGCAGGAGGCAAAGGUUCAGACAGGGGAUGUCAUGAUAAGAGGCCAGAAAAAAGUAACUCUACCACUGAGUUUCUAGCAAAAGACCUCAUUUUGACAGCUUUAAUGUUGAUACAACAACAUCUCUUAACUCAGUACAAAGAGCCUGUUUGUGAGUCAAAUACAUCUUCAUUUGGAUUUUAUGAAAAAGGAGGCAAACAUGGUUCUAAAUCUCAUAGUUUCAAUUCCAGGAGUGAUCCACAGCAGCAAGAAUACCAGAGGGGGGAAAUACAAAGUGCCCUUCUGUCAAUCAUCCAGAAGGUCCUACAAGAGGCUGGUUUCAAUGUAGAUGAGUGUGAAAUAAGCAAGAAUACCAAAUCAAACUCGUAUGAUGAUAGAUCUAGUAGAAAGCCUACAUCCAAACAGAAUAGUUCAGAUGUGGAUUGUGAGAAUAUGGAGCAGAUAAAUAAGAAAUUCAUUGAUCAGCUGAUGGAAUCUGUGAUGAAGCUCUGUAUGUACAUGACUAAAAGCCCUGAUUUUGUUGUUGAAGAUUACUCUGACGAGCAAGGCACGUACAUCACAGCAAGAAACAAAGGCAUGUCAACUCCAGAUUCAAUGUUAUCCCAGAAACCUCCACGAACUAAUAUUGGAAAACCGCUUGUGCCUGCUGGUUCUGAGGUGAUAGUAAACAACCAGAGCUCCAACACCAGCUCUCAAAACAGAGAACUCCAGGCUGUCCUCCAGUGGAUGGCUGCUUCUCAUUUCCAAGUGCCCAAUCUCACUUUCAUGAAUGAGAAUGAUGACGAGCUGAAGAAGCUUCCACAGCUGGCUGACAAAGCAGCCAAGAAAGGUGCAAGUGUAGGGGAUAUUUUGCAGGAGGUAAUGAAGUAUUUCGAGAAACAACAGGUUGACGCCGCUGUGGGAAAUAUGCCUCGUUGCGGAUUACUUGACUGGUUGCUUGCUAAUCUGUAGAUAAGUAACACCACCUCCCUCUCAUUGCUUCCACCCAGCAAAGUGCCAUCUUACUUGUAAGAUGGAACAACAAUACAGCUCAUUUUCCAGAGACAGCGGUUCCACAGGCUGACACACACAAGCUGGGUAAAAUCACCAAUAAAAAAAUACAAAUGUCAACUGUUA